AUGGCGGAGCUGGACCUGGACGAGGGCGACAUUAUGGUGACUUACCGUGGAGACUUCAUCAAAAGAGACCGGAGACACAGGCGCUUCCCCUACUGCGUGGUUUGGACCCCCAUCCCGCUGCUCUCGUGGGUGCUCCCCUUCAUUGGUCACAUGGGCAUCUGCACAUCUGCUGGAAUCAUCAGGGAUUUCGUUGGUUCGUAUUAUGUAUCAGAGGAUAACAUGGGAUUUGGAAAGCCAACAAAAUACUGGAAACUGGAUGUGGACAAAGUCUGUGGAAAUGGUGCUGUCACGUGGGAUAAAGCCGUUUACGAUGCUUCUGAGGAGUACAAAAGCAGACCGCACAACCUGUGUCUGGAUAACUGUCACUCCCACGUUGCCAUGGCUCUGAACCUGAUGCGCUACAAUAACAGCUCGUCCUGGAACAUGAUGAACCUGUGUGCACUGACGCUGAUACACGGGAGGCAUGAAGAGUCUGCAGAAUCACUUGGUGCACCCAUUACGAUCGCUGAGUGGCAGGAGAAGGGACGAACAUUACCAGUCUGUCAGGGAGAAGACAACCCACAAAGCUGGGUGAGUGUGGCCCAGGGGUGGUCACAAAGAGGUGGAGGCCCCAAAGGAGAGACUCUGAAGGGGGCCGCUCAGAAGGGGACGGCUCUGAAGGGGGCCGCUCUGAAGGGGUCCGCUCUGAAGGGGAGGCUCGUCGGAUCAAUGCAAGAUCUCAGUUUUAGAGUGCAGCGUGAAGGUGCCCUGUACUCAGGCAAGGCGCACUACAAGAUGGGGAUAUUCUAG